CCGCCGGCAGAAACUAUUGGAAACUUUGGCUGUGGUCCGUGUUGAUGAUCUUGUGCUGCGGUCGGCGUUGAAGUCUCGUCCUUUAUUCAGUAAGUUCGGCGGACCGCACUGAUAUUCAGUGUAUCACUGAAAUGACAGUGACAUCGGUUGGGCUUGAUAUCCAGACAUGGGCGAAACCGAGGGCGAGGAUCCCGUGCACCAUGCUCGAUCCGUUAGAAAGUGCCGUGUUUGACAUGCCAGAUUAUGAGCAGAUAGAGGAUGAGAGAUUCCCUCCUCUCCCUCCUCCAUCAUCGCCUGGUCGAGGAGACAUCGAGGAGGAUCCUUUUGGCGAUGGAGAGGGUGAGCAGGAAGGAGAAGUGUCAAAACUAGCAGAAGUGCCAGAGGCAAAAAGACGAACAGUGAAGAGGCCUCGGCCUAAACUGGAUGCAAAUAGGCUGAUUUCUGAGAAGGGUCUUCCAGCUUUGCGAACUUUAUUUGAAGAUGUUAAGUUCAAAGGCAAAGGGCACGAGGCAGAGAAUCUGAAGCUCCUUUUGCAGAAAAUGGAGAACUGGGCCCAUCGCCUAUAUCCUAAGAUGCAGUUUGAGGAGUUCAUUGAUAAAGUGGAGAGUCUGGGCGGUAAAAAAGAAGUGCAGACAUGUCUGAAACGAAUUCGAUUGGACAUGCCAAUAACACACGAGGACUACGUUGGUAACGAUACCUUAACUUUUGGCUGUCUUGUACUGCUAUUGAAAGCAGCAGGUAUAAAUUCAUUGACUUUCUACUCCCCUUCAGAGGAGGCUGAGGUUCGAGUACCGGAAGAGUCUGAUCCAGUUGGAGACGAAGGUUUCCCUGAAGACCCGUUUGUCCAUUCUACUCCUGCUCCAGCCUCUCUCACGGAGGAACAGCAGCGGCGCAUAGAGCUCAACAAACGGCUGGCUCUGGAGAGGAGACUUGCGAAGCAGAAACAGUUAGAAUCCUCACAGAAUUCCUUACAGGAUGCAGAGGCAGAUGAACCAUCAACCAGUUCUUCAGGACAGUACCUCAGUCAAGAGAAUCAGGGCACUUUUGAUCAGAGCACCUCAGCCCACACGCCACUCAAACAAAAGUCAGCUGCGCUUCAGAAUUCCCCGUCAUAUGAUAAUGAGUGUGCUAGUCCAGUUCCAAAUGGCAUAGUUGAUGACGAUGAUGAUGAUAGCAACUGAACCAGUCCUCCCCAUUUGUACCAAGAGGGCUGUGAAUAAAUUGAGUGUUUUCAGGAAGAGCAAUUGCAACCAGAUGGGCUUUUUCAUGUUUAACCUUGUAAAAUCUUACCAGUCAACACCUUUUGCAGCUCGUUGGCAUGUUUUGUAAUGCCAACCCAGGGCUUGUUCACCACAAUGAUCUUAUACACACAUUAAUCUAGUUCUGUUUGCUUGCAUUUUGUUAUAUCGUCUUUCAUCCUCUGUGAGGAUUUUGGCAUAUGUUUGCUCAUAUUGAAAACAUUUCCCCUCAUUUUAUUCUUAGAUUCACAGUGAGCUCUAUGUGAAUCUGAGAAUAAAAUCACCACUUGGCUGAAGUUUAUUAUAAUGUCCCAAUGUAAGCACACAAUACUGCAAGACAAAGUGAACUUUUGCGGUUGACCAAUACCCGUUUUUUUACUGUUAUGUUUAUCUGUUAUUUCAGUGUACAUUUUUUUUUUUCCGAAUAAAAAUGUUAAUGUAGAAAA